AUCAAAAUACGGAUAGAACAACAAAUCAAAAUAAAAAUAAUUUGCCGCCACAUACAUCGCAACAACAACAACAACCUCAAAUACUACAUUCAAUACAAUCACAGCAACAACCUAGAUUAUCAAAUAAUUUAAAGAAUCUAUCAUCAAUUACAAUUGUAGCAUCAACACCAUCACCAUUAUUAUUAUCGACUAGUGCAAGUGUUAUUCCUGAACAAAUUCAUUAUUCAUCAUCAUCAUCAUCAUCAUCUAGUCAAUUACAAUUGUAUCAACAACAACCACAACAUCAUUUAAAUCAUCAUCAUCAUCAACAACAACAAUCUACAUCAUUGGUGACCACAACAGCGGCACAAGCCGUUAUAACGGUUGUUGCUCCAUCAUCAUCAUCAUCAUCAUCAUCUUCAUCAGCAUCAUCUGUAGGAAUAGCUGCCACGUUGUCAUCGAUACCAUCAUCAUCAUCAUCAAUAUCUUCAACGCCAACAUCAUUAUCCACGUUAUCAUCAUCAACAUCGUUGACCCAGCAACAACACCCACAUUCUACAGAAAUGAUCUCAGCACAACCGGUUGUGACAUUAGUAUCAACUGUUGGUGUUGGUGUCAAUCAACAACAAUCACAAUAUAUAACGGUUUCAUCAUCCGAUCAGCAACAACAACAACAACAACAACCUGAUCAACAUAACAAUGUUACACCACAACAACCACCAACACCUCAACAACAACAACAACAACCAUCACAAUCACAAACAAAUCAAUUAGAAUCUGAUGGCACAGAUAAUAAUGCAGCUGUUGUUGCUACCGCUGCUGAACAGCAUACAUCAUAUGAAGAUUAUAAUUAUCCAAAUGAUACAAAUUCAGCUGGACAAAUGGCUACAUAUUAUGUUACUGAUUCAUAUACACAUGGUGCAUAUUAUGCAACCGCUUUACCCGAUGGUUAUGUUGUGAUGGAUCCAACAGUUGCGGCAUCAACAGCAGCAGCAGCAGCAGCAACAGUCGCUACAGUCAAUGAUCAUCAUACAAUGAAUCAAACGCAUCAUCAACAGCCACCACCACCACCACCACCACCACCACCGCAUUCACAAUCACAAUCUCAACAACAAUCAUCACAAACAAUACCGAAUAAUGGCCUUAUGUCUCAUCGUGAUACAAUAUCAAUUGAUGUUGAUUAUAAUAAAUCAUCAUAUCAACAGCCAACACGAAUCUCUGUUCAACCACAGACUGUUACCUGGUUGCUACAAAACUACGAGACAGCUGAUGGAGUUUCACUUCCGCGAUCAACGCUCUAUUCACAUUAUCAACAACAUUGCCAGGCAAAUAAUAUGGAACCAGUGAAUGCAGCAUCAUUUGGUAAAUUGAUACGUUCGGUAUUUGUUGGUCUUCGUACUAGACGAUUGGGAACAAGAGGCAAUUCAAAAUAUCAUUAUUAUGGAAUUCGAGUGAAAACCAAUUCACCAUUGAAUGAUAAUAAUAAUGGUGCAGUGGAAAACAAUACGAUGCCACCGAUGAAAAGAUCAAAAAUAAAUCAUGCUUCAUCGAAUAAUAAUAAUAGCAACAGUAGCAACAAUAAUAAUCCGAAAGUCAAUAACAACAACAACAACAACAACGGUAAUAAUAAUAGCAAUAUGAAUGCCAUAAAUGAUUUACAAAAUAUGUCUGCAACGAAAGAAACAUUGCAAUCAUAUCUUGGUGAUUCAAGACAAUUAAUGGAUUCUGUUUGGCCACAACAAGAUAGUCCACAGCAACAGCAGCAGCAACAGGAUGAAUUACAGAAAAGAUCAAAUUUAUUUUUCAAAAGUUAUCGUAUUCAUUAUGAUAAAAUCAUUCAGGCCUUAUCCGAAUUAAGCUUCCAAGAGGUAGAAAAUAUAUGGUUAUCAUUUUGGCAGCCACCAAAUACCUCUAUUGAUAAUGAUAUUGAACAACAAUUAAGUUUACAAUCAUUACGUGAAAUAACUAAAACCGAUAUAUCCAAUUGGAUCGCUCAAACUGAUUAUACAAUGUAUAAUUCAAUUUUAUCAACAUUAUUGUUACCAAAUCUAUUGAAACCAAUACCACAAAUAUUAACACAACAGAUUAGAAAUUUUGCCAAAUGUAUUAAUAAAUGGAUGAUCAAUGCCUUACAAGGUUAUUCCGAUGAAUUUAUACGUAUGAAAACAUCGGCGGUUAGUGCUUUAAGCCAUAUGCUUCGACGUUAUACAUCAUUGAAUCAUUUAUCGACAGCAGCAUGUGCAGUGUUAAAAAAUCAGCAACAAGUUUUACAAAUGAUUAACGAUCUAAAUAAAGUAGACUUUAAAAAUGUUCAGGAACAAGCAUCCUGGGUUUGCGGAUGUAAUGAAGAGAUUGUACAUCAAAUCGAAUCAAGCUUCAAGGGCUUUUUAUCCGAUCAAUGUCCAUACGAUCGUUGGGCUUAUUGGUGUGAAGAUGUGUUGAAUAUGAGCCUUUCAAAUCACAAUAAUAGUACAGCCAAACAAUUUUUCUUCAAAUGGGAAUUCUAUAGUUCACUUGUAAUGCGUGAUUUAACAUUACGAUCGGCACAAUCAUUUGGAUCAUUUCAUCUGAUAAGAUUAUUAUUCGAUGAAUAUAUAUUCUAUCUGGUUGAACAACGAAUUGCCAAAACAACACAUACAACACCAUUACAGAUGCUGGGUGAACUUGCAUCGAAUCCAGUAGGAAGAAACAUUUCGACUACGGCCACUUCCAGUAUAUCAACAACACGAAUCAAUAAUACGAAUGUAUGCAAACAACAGACAUCUCAAUACAAUGAUAAUAUUGUUGGACAACAACAACAUCAACAGCAACCGCAACCGCAAUCGCAAUCGCAAUCGCAGCCACAACAACAAGUGAUUCAGCAAUAACAUUCCAAUUGUGACAGCUUCCUAUAUAUAAUUUAUAUUCAUUUAUCCAUUAUCAAAUUAAUGUA